AUGGUGAACAAGUCAAGAAAGGAUUGGUCACUUAAGCUUGAUGACACAUUAUGGGCCUUGAGAACGGCAUACAAAACCCCCAUUGGCACAACUCUCUCUCGUUUGGUGUAUGGUAAAGCUUGCCAUUUGCCGGUUGAGUUGGAGCACAAGGCUUGGUGGGCUAUGAAAGAGCUCAAUAUGGAUUUUUCAUUAGCUGGAGAGAAGAGAUUGCUAAAGCUCAAUAAAUUGGAAGAACUUAGAUAUGAUGCCUAUGAGGACUCAAAACUCUACAAGGAGAAGACUAAGAAGUGGGAUGACCAACACAUAAGGAACAAAAGCUUCAAAGUUGAAGACAAGGUGUUUUUAUUCAAUUCUAGACUUCUCUUGUUUCUCGGAAAGCUAAAGUCCAAAUGGUCAGGUCCUUUUGUAAUCUCAAAGACUACUCCUUAUGGCUCAUUUGAGUUAGAGGCGGGUGAUCAUAGGUUCAUGGUGAAUGGUCAUCGCUUGAAAUAUUAUUUGUGCAAGAAUGAAGUUUAUUUUAUUGAGUGCAUUAGGCUUGAUCCAAUGGAUUCCAAGCCACCCCCUUCAAGAUAA